CCUGGUAAGUUAUCGUGCCACGUUUCCAGUUUUACAAAGUCGACAGAAUCCUGCGUGGCGUCUCGCAUUGACGCGUAGCCCGGUAUCCAGUCGUACGAUAGCUCCCGAGUCUUCUGCCCUCUCCGUAUCCAGUCGUACGAUAGCCCCGAGUCUCUUCUGCCCUCUCCGUAUCCAGUCGUACUAUAGCUCCCUGACUCUUUUGCCGUCUCCGCGAUGUCUCACCUCGCGCUCCUGGUUCUCUGUGCGGCCGCCGCGCUGCCCGGCCGGUGUCGGGGAGCCGACGGGGAGGUUCCCGAGGACUUGCAGCAGGCUCCCGAGGGGCAGUGCGCUUACUUCAAAGAUGGCGGGCUGCUGCACAUGCAGCACUACGUCUGCUGCAACGACUGCGACGAGAACAACGGGCAGCCCGUCUGCGGCAAGACCACGUACCUCGCGUCCGCUAAAGGCGCUUACUGCGGGCCGUGCGGGCAGGACCUGGGGGCCGGGGAGCCGGUCAGCACGUUCCGCUGCGGGGGCUGUGAGGGCCAGGCCGCGGUCAGGGAGAGGUGCGACAAGCGGUACAUCUACGCCGGCGCGGCGUUCUGCUGGCUGCACAGUAAGUGCCUGGAGCUGCGCUGUGAGAGAGCCGCCCUGGCAGCCGCACAAGGGGACGGCUCUGACGACGAGCCCUACUGUGGCGACGGCCGCUGUGACCGUGGCCGUGGCGAGGACGGCAGCAGCUGCCCGUUCGACUGCUGCCCGUACGUUAACGACACCGAGUGCCGCCACCCGCACCACUGCAGCAAGUGCCCGCCCGUCUGCUGCGCCGAGCCCGGCUGCUGCCUGGACUGACGACAUAAGUCUCGAGCUGUAGCCUCCUUCGCGCCGCUUUUUAUCUGCCAACACAAGAAAUGCGGGUCUCACAAUCAGUCUACCAGUAGCCUCCUUCGCGGCCCUUUGUCCGCCGACACGAGACCUCCUUGACAUUUUCCUUCCCGACAUAAGAAUCUUCCCGGUGUAAAACCUGGCCGCGAUAUGGUGAAAAUCGUGCAUAUGGUGAAAAUCGUGCAUAUUUCCCAUCCACAAAAAUUUCGCAAAAGGCCGUGACGGAGGCUACUCUACCAGACUCACUUCGCUAGUAGCCAUAACUCCCAUCCACAGGAAGGCCUAGUGGAGACUACACUGGUCUUGGAAUGGACAAAAUAGUAGAGAUUUGCUGAUGUGUGAUGCAGAGACCCCUUCUUUCGAAAAAUUAUGUCAAAACUUUUCUGUUAGACGAGUUAAACGACAUCCCAUGAGGCCUUGGCUCCUGUAUGUACAAAUAUACUGCAGAUUUUGAGAACGCCAUACACAUGUAUGUUAAAAAUAUGUAACGUAACUGCGCAACAGUUGUGCAAGGUAUAAAGCAUGGACUCUACUGAUACACAACUGCAGUUCUACAAUACAAUGGUGCAUAGUAUGGGAUAAAAAAGGUGUUUUACAAUCAUUGAAGGGAUUUCUACCGUCUAGACAUUCUUUAAUGAUUUUCCUAUGUAUGCCAUGCAGGACACAUGUCAUAAUGUAUUUAUAGUCCAUUGAUGUAAUCCCCGGUAGGUAAGAUGAUAGCAGCGAAUUACGUAUAACAGAAUAUUUUGGGCAUACGAUAAAAAAGGUGAUAUUCGCCAAUUAGCUCUGGACAGAAUGGAGAAACCCUGUGAUUGAUAUGUUGAGGGUGUAUGAACAAACUGGCCCGAGAUCCUCCAAUGCG